AUGCAUGUAUGCGUUGUCUUUCACCGCUCCGUUGUGUUUAAAAGUGGGUAUCGCGUUGCCAGAGAGAUCUAGCGCCCUGCACGUCCCACCAACACCCAACCUCUCCACACUCGUCACGCGGCCGACUAACUACUGGACGGACGGACAGCAUGACUACGGUUCCGACGGUCCUUCACGGUGCACGAGUCUUUGUCGGCCCAGGCGACCGGCUCUUUGGGUUUGAUAGGAUAUGGGUGCUGAUCCAUCGGGGUGCUCAAUAUGUCUAUGGAAGGCAUGGCAAUGACAAACGAGACGAAGAGUUGCUGGCGCACGUUCUUGAUUACCCCGACAAAGACGCUGCAUAUUCUGAAGCCCACGGUAUUCUGGAAGGAAGAUCCGAGUCUUAUUAUGAUCGGCCCGCGCCAGUCCUUCGCGGCCGCGAUGCAGCUCUGAAGGGCGAUUCUCCUCCUGUGUGGACCAUUGAUUUUGAUCAGGACCGCGUCUUCUUUGACCAGGAUGGCCGACACCUUACGUACCAGUUCAUAUACCAUGAAAUCCGCCCAUCACGACUGCUACGACUGUUCCAGCCAUACACCCCAAUGCAGCUUCCCAUCAUGCGAACCCAAACAGCCUCUUCCUUGGCUGCAGCGCCGCGCAACGUGAUCCCACAGCAGCUCUUCGACUUAACAUACCGCAUGGCCACAGACUAUGAGCGCAACUGGCGUGAAGCGAACUAUACAAUCGAGCGUUGCGGUCUGCAGCAAAUCGCAAUGGGGCUGCUCAGCUGCUUCACACUGAACUUCACAACCAUGAGGAUCGUGCCACUGAACAUCCAUCUGCACCCGUACCUUGGCCAGGCUGAACCGCGCAAUCUCCUCCGCUGGCGGACCUGGCCCAGCCCGCAGGUCGUUCCCACCGUAAGCCUAGGCGCAACGCAGAUCCUCUUCACAGAGCGCAUGGAUCAAGCCGCGUCACUCGUCCACGAGCACUUCACCAGCGCGGCCACAACUGACCCUCGCAACCAUGAUAGUUACGACUAUGAUAGUGACAUGUCGUACUACGACUACGAUGGUAAUUAUAUUAGUUCUAGCGCCCAUCACAAUGCUCCCAAAGUACGCAAAAUUCACUACAUCGUAACAUCCAUCCGUGAGAUACAAUAUUUCUGCAAGACCUUAGACACCAUCUCAUGCACACCCGUCAUCCCCUUCUUCGACGGCACUACACCCCCAUCAGAGACCGGCGUGCGAUGGCUUCUCAACGCCAUACACGCACACGCAUAUCCCCUGCGCACACACUUCGACACCCUAAGCGUCCCUCUCGAACUGCAGGAAAUGAUCCUAGACUACGCGUCCGACACCCUGUUUGAUCGCGCAGUCUACGCAAGUGUCCUCAACAUUGGGAUUCCGUUUGCCUGGAAAGAAGGCGCGUUCCUGUUGAAAUGUAGUAAAAUGGGGCAUGGCAGGAAGCUGGAUGUUACCAAAGCGGAGUACCACAUUUGGUUUUGGGGUGACUACGUGGGAUUGACAUAUCAGGCUGACGGCGGUGGACCGUACCGCAUAGUCGAGCGCAGUAAACUUAAAAUUUGGAUUUAUUGAACCCAGCAUCAUCCAUACUUAUUUCUACACAGAACAGGACAUGUCAAUU